GGGGUAAUGGCCGCUUCCGACCCAACGGCGAGGCUCACGGCCUCCAGUCUCCAAACCCUGGUCAAUCCCAACACUGGAGCGCGGGUAGCCCAGUACGAACGCGAAGACCCCUUACAGGCCCUGGCGACGGCGGCGGCGAUCUUGGACGAGGAUGAGGAGGCGAAUAGGGUGCAGCCCGCGGGGACGUCGGCUGAUUUUUACACCAACUUUUCUGGGGUGAAUGAACAUACACCAAUAACCUAUAAGAACUUUGUGAACUUUUCUGAUAUUUUCCAAUCUAAUGAAGAGUAUUUCAGGAAACUAGAAGAACUGAAGGCUGCCCACAUAGAAACUAUGGCAAAAUUAGAGAAAAUGUACCAGGAUAAAUUAAAUAUAAAGGGAGUUCAGCCAGCAAUCGUCAAGGAAGAUGCUCUUAGUGACUCUUCUGGAUCUGUAUCAGAAAAGAACUCCUAUCACCCUGUCUCCUUAAUGGCAUCGCUUUCUGAGCCUGAUUUAGGCCGGUCUUCCUCCUUGUCUAUGUCUUCCUCUGAAGAGGAAUUGCCCGACCUAGAAAAAGACUAUCCUGGGAAAAAUAGAGUGAUGACCUUUGCUAAGGAGCUCAUCAACAACAUGUGGACAAACUUUUGUGUUGAAGAUUACAUUCAGUGUAAAAAUACUGACUUCCAAGCCGUUGAAAAAACAAGGAAGAAACCAAAAGAAUGGGUGCCCACAAUUACAGUACCCGAGCCUUUUCAAAUGAUGAUUAGAGAACAGAAGAAAAAAGAAGAGGCCAUGAAAUCUAAAUCAGACAUUGAAAUGGCACGUAAACUGCUCAAAAAACAAGAAGAAGAUUCAGAGUGUAAGAAGAAAUUCCGAGCCAAUCCAGUUCCUGCAUUUGUCUUUCUCCCCCUUUAUCGUGAUUUAGUCAAGCAAAAGGAAGAGCGGAGGCGGUCUCAGAAAGAGAAAAGCAAAGCAGCUCUUUUGGCCUCACAAAAGCCAUUUAAAUUUAUUGCAAGGGAGGAACAGAAGCAAGCAGCCCAGGAAAAGCAGCUGACAGACUUUUUUAAGUCUAAAAAGAAAACAAAUCGAUUUAAAGCCAGACCCUUACCUCGAUCUAUUUACGGUUCAACUACCAAUGACAAGUUAAAAGAAGAAGGGCUCUGUGGAAACACUAGGGCACGGCUGAGAGCCCAGGAGCUUUCACAGAAUUCGUCCCCUCUGCCUUCUAGGCCAGCUUGCCGCCUCAGGAGCCCCAAGGGUCCCGAACAGGCUGUAAAAUCGAAGUGUAAACACAAGGUUAAGUGCCGGACUUCUGAUAUUGAAGACCUUCCUGAGAGAUAUCAGAAACACCUCCCAGAACCCAAGUGCCCAAAACUCUUAACAGUCUGUAAACCAUUUGAUCUUCGUGCAUCUUCUCGUGCAUCUACUAAAAGAGAGAAAAUUUUGGCAGACAUUAAAGCAGAUGAAGAAAAUUUAAAAGAAACACGUUGGCCUUAUUUGUCUCCAAGGCGUCAGUCACCGGCAAGAAGUGCAAGUGCAAAGCCUUUGCCUUGUAGCUGCAACCCUCCAAUGCCCACAGAAUCUUCCAGAGGACGAGAACAAGCCAUAAGAAAGAGUGAAAAGGAAAGGAUGAGAGAAUAUCGACGAAAACUAGAAGAAAGAGAAGAAAAAUUAAAAAACAGGCCACUACUAUUUGAAAGAGUCGCUCAGAAAAAUGCAAGAAUGGCAGCAGAAAAGCAUUAUUCUAACACCCUAAAAGCACUAGGAAUAUCUGAUGAGUUUGUUUCAAAGAAAGGCCAAAGUGGAAAAGUAUUUGAGUACCUCAGCAAUCAAGAAAUGAAAAGUUUCACUGAAGAUAAAGAAAGCUUUAAUGAAGAAGAAAAACUAGAAGAAAGAGAGAAUGAGGAAGAACAUUAUCUUGUUGAUACCAACAGCCAGGAUUCUUGCAAGGAAAAAGAUGAAGCUGAUGAAGAAAGUGGAGAAGAGAAAUCUGUUGAAGAAUAAAACUGAAUCAGCAAGGCCUCCUCUCUAUGCCCUUGCUGUUGUUUGUAGUAUGGGGGAGUCAGUAGCCACAUUUGUGAGUUUAAGAACAUCUAGGGGACACCUUGACAAUAUGCAGAGCAGUUGAUUGAGCAAACCCAUUUGUAGCCUGAAAGCUGAUUGGUCAUUUGGUCAGUUAGGGUAAGUAAGGCUUUGCCUAUUCGGUUGUGGUGAUCACUACAUGUGGUCUGUUUACAACUAUGAUCUUCCUUGUAUUUUUAAAAAGUGUUUGAGAAUCACAGCUGUCACAAACUGAUUAGUUAUAAAAAUAUACAUCAUUAUUUUUGGUGGAAGAAAAUGGCUUAGUAUUGAGAGUAGAGGAGAAGUAUUAGCCUUUAGUGAUUUCUUUUUUAAGAAUUCUCUGCCAAGCAUGAAUCAAUAAAUAUUUUUAAAUAAAUUAUUUGCCCAUUCUUUUUCUCUGCAAUACAUUUCACAAAAUGAAUUCUCAAACUUGUUUUGUUAAGUGAUUUAAGUUUCUUAUCUGAGCCAUUUUAAAAAGUA